AAAAUGCAAAUGGAAGCACCGGGGCUCGAAAACUGCUGACGACCCGCAAACGGGGCGCGACUUUGGAGCAAGGUAUUGGGUGCCCGAUAUUAGCUACCUAGGUCUCUUUGCAAAUGGCUAAGACGAUGACGCUCUGGUUUCUGGUCGUGGUGACCUUAAAUCCCACUUGUCUUAUCAAAAUCAAUUCGGCAUCAAUGCUCUUGUUGUUGGACCGUCAGAAUGCCGAACAUGAUCACAGUUGGGCCCACCUCCUUCCCAUAAAUUUCUACUCCGAAAUGAACCAGCAGUACUUCAGAAGAUUUCGCCGACAGGCUGGCGUAUUUGGGACCGGAAAACGAAACCAACACCCCUUUGAAUAUGCUCGAUAUGUCUGA